GUCAACGCAUGACCAGGGCAUGCCGGUGGGCGCAGUGUCGCGUUCGCAUCAGUAUCGCAAGGUCAUGAAGCCGCUGCUCGAGCGCAAGCGGCGAGCACGCAUCAACAGAUGUCUGGACGAACUGAAGCGGCUCAUAGUGGAGGUCGUGCUGUUGGAUGAGGAGACGCUGUCCAAGCUGGAAAAAGCUGACAUACUAGAGCUGACUGUGCAUCAUCUACACAGACAGCUCAAGCCCGCGAGCAUCCCCAGGAAGAGUGAGGGGUCAGUCCACUUGGAUACACGGCACAGCUUGCAGCACUUUUGGUUUGGAUCUCAGCAGUGCAUUCUAGAGGUAGCACGAUUUUUACAUCCUCAUGACAUGCAGCUCAAUGGCAAGUUCCUUAGGGCCAUGCAGCAGCUGAUGCCAGCUAAACCGGAAAGUUUUUGGCGACCCUGGUAGAUGGAUACUAGAAGAGACUGUCUAAUUUCUGGCGCGGCUCAGGCUACAAAGGCAACAACGCCAAAACAUCUUUGACGUUCACGCAAAUCACAUAAAAUUGUAUUAAGAAUUAGGUUUUGUUGAUCGCGUAGAGCUCUCUUGUUUUAUAAGGUAUUUUUGUUAGGCUUAUUCUACAUGGCUAAGCGACCCUGAAUUUAGUUAGGGACGCACGGGACCCUUGGGCUUAACUCUUGGAAAACGCAUUUUUACUAUGUCACUUAAUGUGUUACACAUAAGUUGCUAUUUACAGAUAUUUAAAUAUAAUAUAAAUAUAUUCAUAUUAAGUUUAGUUA